AUGACGCCACUCACGGCCUGUCACAGGAUUCUCAGGGCAAUUUUUCCCGCACCAUCUUGUUCAAUUUCUCCGCGCCAUUUUCUUUCAUUAUAUAAAAUCUCUCAUUCUUUUCCCCUCUUGAUUAAUUUUCUUGAUCUUUUUUUAAUCCUUGCAAAUUUUUCAUUUGUUUCUCUUUUUUCUUUCUUUCUUUCUUUUUUCGUUUCUUUCAUUUGUUUCUUUUUUCUUUCUUUCUUUUGCUUUCUUUCAUUUAUUACUUUCUUUUCUUUCUUUUUCUUUCUUGUUUCUUUCUUGCAUUCAUUUCUUUCUUUCAUUUCUUUCUUUUUCUUUCUUUCCUUCUUUCUUUUCUUUUCUCUUCUUUCUUUCUUUUUCUUCCUUUCACUUCUUUUUUCUUUUUCCUUCCUUUUUGCCUUCUUUCUUUCUUACAUUAAUAUCUUUUUCUUUCUUUCAUUUCUUUCUUUUCUUUCUUUCUUUCUUUCUUUCUUUCUUUCUUUCUUUCUUUCUUUCUUUCUUUCUUUCUUUCUAGUAGAUUCAAAUCCAGUUUCCUUCCAUUUAUUCUUCAUCCGCCAGAGCUUUGUAAAUAAUACUUCUCUCCCCCUCUCUCUCUCUCUCUAUCUAUCUAUCUAUCUAUAG